AUGGCAUGUCGACAGCACGGCCUUUCGCGCACUCUGCCGAAGAACUUCACCUUUGCUUCGGGAGGUGAGCCUAGGACCCCGGAGCGCGCCUCAGCUCACCUCGAUGUGCCGCCGCCGCCGCCUCCUCCCCGGCACUCCAGUUGCCGGUUGCGCAAGUCCCGCGUCCGCUCGGGGACCGAUGUCUUUGCGCAGGCCGAGUAUGACCGCAGCACGUUCAACCCGAACCUCGCCGAUAUCCCGCUACCCUCUAUUGAAUUCUCCUCGCAAGACCCUUUUGCGACCCAUCCGUGUCCCACAGUACCGUCGACCGAUGACCGUUUCUUAGCGCCGCCCCGAGACCGAGUGGCGUUGAAGACGCCUCCCGCCCAGAUCCGUCCCGACCCGAUCGAUGACCAGAAUAUAGCGCCGUGGUCUUCAUGGGACCCUGAGGUCUUGGGUGAGAGCAUCGAACGGCCCGGAUCGGCCUGUUCGCAGGCAUCCGACUCGUCCAUCUCGUCAAUUGAAACAUUCAGCUCGCGGCGCUCAGCGGGCGGCAGCUGCACGAGUAUGGAGAGCGAUUCGUACGAUCCAUUUUUCCAUCUGGAACUUCCGCCCAAGCACGCCUCCGAAACGCCGACCCUGUCGCAGAACCGUAAAAACAAAGCGCGGGCGCUGUUUGUCAAAGACCGAUGGACCCUGGAUAUGGACAACCACCUGUGGAACACAUACCAGCUUUACAUCCAGGAUCCGACCAUCACCCCCUUCAAGAUGACUCCAGGCAGCAUUCCGCCCCUUGGGGUUACCCACCGUGUGGCACGGGAGGCCAAGCGGACAUGGGAGCGAAGGCGCUUCAGGCUCGACCGGCAGUUUCCGUUCGUAGUCUCUUAUCAGCGUCCAAGCAGUAACCCCACGCCCACUCCGAAGGCUGAUGCGACGAGACCUACGUGGCCGAAGUCGGAAGCGUCGACGAGGCGGAGACUGAAACUCCUGUGCAGGAAGAAGUUUUCAAUUGCGCCCCAUUACCAGAGAAUGAUGCAGUCCAAGAGCCCGACCCCAGCCCUCGAUCUGUUCUCGCGUCCGCCCCGGGAGUCUCCACGCGCUGAUGGUCCGAGCAACAGCUCCGCGGCCUAUGCGACCCGCGAUCUGGGCGUGUCUCUCGUGUCCAGCUCGGUUCCCGGGCCUUUGGCUCAACUAGCGGCGGAGGACCCACCACCACGAGAGACCAGCACGGAAUGGUUCAACAACCCGGUGAUGGGUGGAUCUCAUCCAGACAUGGCUGGUGCGCGCCCGAUACGCUCUUCCAGUGUCAUUGACCAGGAACCCAUCCCACGACUGGGGUCACCUUUCACAUACCACACCUGGGGCCCCAGUGGCUCAAGAAAGAGACCCCAGCGUACACCCAAGAGCCGGCGAGAGACAAUCCAUGUCACGGGCUCCCGGCUCCGCUCUAUGCCCCGCAUGGACGCCUUCCCAAAUGUCGACCACCACAGCAUGACUCCCCAUGGCUUCACUACGAGUGAAUCGCCAGCUGAACAGGAUACGCGGGUUCAGCUCGAGGAGCUUCUGCGUCAUGGAAAGAUGAACGACAUGGGCCAGCGUCGGAUACGGCUGCGGAACCGCGGAGCCACGAUGAGUGCGGUAAACCACAAUGGCCUCGACCAACUUUUUUCUCCGCCGUCGUCUUCGUCACGGAAUGAAAGAAGUGGUCUAGCGGAGAAGCCUAUGGCCAAUCCAUUGCUGAAUCUUAGCGGCGACAGUAUCAAGCGUUUGGGCUCACCCUUCAAGGUGGAAACCCCCAAACGACCCCAGCCUUCACCCAGGUUUAUCAGGCAUGCACCGUCUCUCUCGGAUCCAUUUGCAACGAUGGCCACCGCGCUCCCUUACGAUCCGACAGAAGCGGACAUGUCUGAUGCCGAACGAAUCCGGAGACAAAUUUUGAAUAUGCCGUACUCAGGGCGAUGA